AAUAUUUUCUAUACAAAAUCUGUCAAAACGUCUUAACAUAUUCGUCGAAUAAAAGUUAUCGGCCCUUAGAUAGAUAAAAUUCUAUGAUUUUCUACUUUUUUUGUUGUCUUUGGCAGAUGUUAAUUUACGUUUAACACAAUUUUACGUUUUUUCGUAUGGCUUAUCAACGUUUGCGGCAUUAUUCACGUAAUUGCGAUCAAAACAAAUUCGACUAUGAGUUAAUUGAAUACAAAACAUCAAUAUGAGAAUUCUGACAUUAGAAAAGUGUACAUUAUGUAAUAACUUGCAUAAAAAAAUCGCGGAAAGCUUCCGCUGGCCAAACUCCAUCCUAUCACUACUGUUUUAUCGUAAACCGCCGCCGAUUUUAUGAUUCUUCUCGGUUUUUUUCUAGCGAUCGGAAGUUACUUUUCUCAUUUUCUUCGGCGCAAAAUUUAUUUCUGAAAGUCCGAGGUUUCAAGGUUUACAGGUUCCCAGCUAUCUAAUAUGUAGACAUUAUUGUUUAAAGUUCAAGGCGAUCCGUCCUGUGCUCAAGUAGGUACCUAGAUGAAGAUAAUAUAGAGUUGUAUAAACAACACGAUUACGUGUUGAUGGUAGGUACGCUCGUGCGGAAACAGCGUGCUCGUUGAUUUCACUUUCAUUUUAUCAGCGUGGAAAAUCCAGCGUUAUCCGCGGUUGAUUCCCACAGACUUCUUUUCUGUUUUUUAUUGUUUGUUCAGCUUUUUGUGUCUUUACUAAUCCAAGUUAGUAUAGUCAUAAAGUAAAAAACUCAAACAUAGUUUUCGAUUAUUGUGUGAGAGCACUUUCUCAAUCAGUUUUUCUUUGAAAAGAUACAUUUGAGCGCAACUUCUUAUCGGUCGAUAAGAUGCAAAAAUCCGUUUUAAAUGAAGGAUGCCAGUUUAACUUGCUUAAACCAUAAAGACUCAGAGUGAUGAAUUGACAGAAAUAUCCGUUACUUUGCGGUCCUUCCUAAAUACAACGCCAUAAUAAGAAGACUAACGUGCACUGGAUAACGUACCUAUUCACUACAUUUAGGCAUCGAAAAGCCUUAUGAACGAGAUGGUAGACAUGACUGCAAAUGCACGUGCAGCGACGUAGCGUGGUGAGGGCGCUAGUGGGGCUGAAUCUCAGCAGCAGGUAGGUUUUUUUUUGGCGCGGAGAGAAAGUACGGUUGGUGGUGGCCGAAGACCCCAGCACGGCGGCACUCGGUGGAAUCCGCGCGGCCGCGGCCGACACUCGGCCGGCGUUUCAUGGGCAAUCCGUUUGCGAAAUAAAGCCAUUGAAUCGCUGACGCCAAAUUUGCCAGUUAUCGCGCCGAGCGCGGAGAUGCCGCGCUAAUAAAUAGUGGUGCUCACCAAUGAUAACGACAACCUCUCGACCCAGGAUAUCAACAAAAUGUGCCAAUGGAGUAUAGUGACUAUAAUUUACGUGGUCCUUGUAUUAUAUUCAUCCGAUGCCAGGGAGAUAAGCUCACUGGAUGCUGCUGCACCACACAAUCAUGUGUCAGGUAACAGGACCUCUCGGUUCCUGUUCGAUGCUUUCUUCGGUCUGGAGGUCCCUCUUCUGGAGGAGCAGAGCGUCGAGGACGAUGAGGAGGACAACCAGAUCAAGAACUGCUCCUGUGAGUGCGGAAGGGCAAACCCACUCCCUAGAAAGAUAGAGUGUGGCGGCUCGAACCAGGAGAACCGCAUCGUAGGCGGGAUGCCGGCCGGCGCCAACAGGUACCCGUGGAUGGCCAGGAUCGUGUACGACGGACAGUUCCACUGCGGAGCCUCGCUCCUCACCAAGCAGUAUGUGCUCACAGCUGCACAUUGUGUUAGGAAGCUCAAACGCAACAAAAUCCGCGUGAUCCUGGGUGACCACGACCAGACUAUAACGACGGAGAGCGCGGCCAUCAUGCGCGCCGUCACCGCCGUCAUCCGUCACGGACAGUUCGACUCGGACUCCUACGACAACGACAUUGCUCUGCUCAAGCUGCGCAAGCCCGUCAACUUCUCCAGGAUCAUCAAGCCCGUCUGUUUGCCACCUCCUAAAGUGGACCCAGCGGGCAAGCAGGGUCUGGUGGUGGGAUGGGGCCGAACUUCUGAAGGAGGGCAACUCCCUGCCGUCGUGCAGGAGGUACAAGUGCCCAUCCUCUCGCUCAACCAGUGCCGUGGGAUGAAGUACAGGGCUUCUCGGAUCACGGGUAACAUGAUUUGUGCUGGCAAAGCGUCUACUGAUUCCUGCCAAGGAGACAGCGGUGGACCUCUUCUUUUGCAACAAGGCGAUAAAUACCAAAUCGUUGGUAUCGUGUCUUGGGGUGUCGGUUGCGGUCGUCCAGGUUACCCGGGUGUCUAUACCAGGAUAACACGGUACCUCAAGUGGCUGAGAGCUAACCUCAAGGACACCUGCCUUUGCGCCAAUUAAUUGAAAAAAAUACAAUUAGGUACUUGACCUACAAAGUAGAUGACACAAAGGCAUUGUUCUCAAAAAAAAGAUUUUUAAAUUGUACAUUUAUGUUACAUUAUACAAGAUUUUAGUAAUUUAGUUGUUUAAAAAGUGGACUCGAACAAAAAUAUGAAAUAAUUAUAAUUAGUAAGUGCUUGGUAAUUAAAACCUAUUAGAAAUAUUUUAACCUGACUGCCGAAGGAAGGUUUUGUUUUACUGUAAGCUGUAAAUAUUUUGUUUCAAAGCAGUUAUUUAUAAGUUUAGUGCCAAUUUUUAUUACAAUUUUACUGAGUGGAGAACCUAAAGUUAUUUUAUUAGACAUUUAACAAGCCAAAUCUGAAGCAAUACUCGUAGUUUAGAUUUCUCAUGUCUUUAGAUUUCAAUUAGUGUAGUUAUCGAAUAAAGCAAAAAAAUUAAUAAAAACUAAACUAAAAAAAUUUAAUCGAUGAUGAAUGUUCCACAAUAAUAUUGUCUUAAAAUACCAAGUCCAGAAAAAAAAAACGUUACUAUGAACCUGACUAUUUAUCUUUUAGUGUCUAUUUGUUUUUUCGCAUGUGAUACAGGGUUCAUGACAUUUUUUAAUUAAAACACCUAACAGUUAAUCACAAUCAAUGUUAUUUAAUUUAUAUUUUAGUGAGUAUU